GCGAAGAUGUCUGGGCGCGGCAAGGGCGGCAAGGGCCUGGGCAAGGGCGGCGCGAAGCGUCACCGGAAGGUGCUCCGCGACAACAUCCAGGGCAUCACGAAGCCUGCGAUCCGGAGGCUGGCGCGGAGGGGUGGCGUGAAGCGCAUCUCGGGGCUCAUCUACGAGGAGACCCGCGGCGUGCUCAAGAUCUUCCUCGAGAACGUCAUCCGCGACGCCGUCACCUACACCGAGCACGCGCGCCGCAAGACCGUCACCGCCAUGGACGUUGUCUACGCGCUCAAGCGCCAGGGCCGCACCCUCUACGGUUUCGGUGGCUAG